UUCUAUAGAGAUUUCCUCUCCACUUCCGGAGCGCCAAGAACCGCGUCAUCUUGCCCCGACGCAUCAUGGGAGCUGAAUCCACAGGCUCCUGAAUCGGCUGACAGGUCAUGUGACAAGGCGGAAGUACUGUCAGGGAAAAUAGAAGCGGCAGCCGGUGGAAUGGGUUGUACGCGGGGCUGGCGGCUGCUCUUGCUGCUCGGCCUUGUGUGUGUGGGGGCGCUGCAGGGCCGGGGGCAGGAGGAGAGCCGGGAGGUCUCCCUGCAGUACAACCCCGGCUCUUCUGACACGUCAGUGAAUGUGGUGCACGUGCGAGCGGUGGGGAACGGGAGCACUAUUCACUAUGUCUGGAGCACCAUCGGCACCCCCACUGUCCUACUUAUAUUCACCCACAGUGAGACGAGCCAACUGCAAGUCAACUGGACCAAACUAUUAUCUCCGGCACCCCAGGGGGCCCUCCGUAUAGAGCCAGCGGAGAGUGUGAGCUAUGCCACCGCCCUCCUGUUCACCAGGAUCUUUGAAUAUCAGGAUGUGAACAACACGGCCAACUUCUCCGGGACGGACGAGAAGUAUUUCUACCCUGCGUACAACUUGUCCGACUUCCUCUGGGACAGCGCCAAUGCCACCAUUAAUGCCACUUCUCUCAGUGCCAACCUGACCGGCUACAAUGCCUCCGACCCCACCGACAGCUUUCACAACGGCAGUGUCUCUUUCAGGAUCUCUGCAUACAGCUCCUCAGGACGGGACUCCUCCUCCCCACGCCUGCGCCAUACAGCCAACUGCACCAAGCUGGAGUUCCUGGUAGCGGGUGUCAGGCCUCGGGGCAAUAACUCCCGCUUUGCCCUAGAGAUGGUAACCAUUGAGAAAGAGGGGCGCAAGAAAAUGGAGUCUGUACACUCGAUUGAUGAUGAGUACACCCCAACUAUAUUCGAGAUGAUGCAGUUAGUGCCAGAUGCACCUAAUUCUAGCCACGCCCGGGGAUUUCUCCAGUGGAAGUCGGUGGCUUAUGGAUCUCCCAGUGGCACCCGAGCAGAUAUUCUCCCAUGCCAGCUGCACCCGCUGAGGCCCUUCAAUACCACUUUUCCUGCUGGCAGCAUUGCCCACGCCUACUUUGGGGACGACUUGGCAGACGCAUACAAACUGGAGGCCUUUAAUAUCUCCUUUGGGAUAGCGGAUGGCGACUUUUACGACAAAAACAGGUUUCUGAGCUGGUCGGCCCUGAUUGGCUACGGUGAGCCGCCCCGUGACUCCUUUUCUAUCCUGGUUAUCUGUAUCAUGGCUGUGGCCCUGGGGACCCCCCUGUUGCUGCUCAUUGUGGGGACCCUUGUAGUGACGGCCCUGAGGCACAAAGUCUAUUCUAAUUACGAGCCCAUAAACUGACCAAUGGCACGUGGACUCGCUGAUUCAUUUAUAACUGGACACGCGACCCUGUCCCGGGGCUGCUGGGAUAUUGGUCCUUUUUUUUCCUCUUCAGCCGCUGCCUCAUUGAUGGAAACACUGUAUUUCUGCCAUGUUUCUGGCCAAAAAAAAACCACUAUUUUUUACAAUGCGCUUUUUUUUUUGGGAAAACGUUUUUUUUUUUUUUCCGGUUUAAUCAGUUAAUAGUGCUGCUCCAGCAGAAUUCUGCACUGAAAUCCAUUUCUCAAAAGAGCAAACACAUUUAUUUAUAUUUGGGGCUAGACAUAUUGUCAGUUUCCCAGCUGCCCCCAGUCAUGUGACUUGUGCCAGCACUUUAGAAUGGAACUGCUUUCUGGCAGGCUGUUAUUUUUCCUACUUAAUGUAACUGAAUGUGUCUCAGUGGGACCUGGAUUUUACUAUUGAGUGUUGUUCUGAGAUCUACCAGGGAAACUGACAAUAUGUCUAGCCACAUGUCAGAUUUCAAAAUUAAAUCUAAAAAAAUCUGUUUGCUCUUUUGUGAAAUGGAUUUCAGUGCAGAAUUCUACUGGAGCAGCACUAUUAACUGAUGUGUUUUGAAAAAAGAAAAAGUUUUCCCAUGACAGUAUCCCUUUAACUCCCUGCGCCGGCUCCAGGUAGGUCCCCUUUAAAGGACAAGUUUCCAUGUGAGAGUAGAACAGAAAGUCCCAGCGUUGAUAACCACUUCCUAAUUUUCUUUGCUCACGGCUUCUCUUUAUUCCCAGUUAUUGGUAUUAUUGCCCCUCGAUGACAUCACAAGUACUAGAAUAUCAAAAUGAGUGGGAGGGGCUUCUAUUUACCUGGGUGGGUCAGGCCCCCUACUAAUGGUACAACUGACACCGGAAAUCAAAUGGUUAAUUAUAUGUAAGUUAUCAGCCCCUCUUUCUGGAGCAUGGGGGGUUAAUCUGCUUCUAACAUUCCCUGUAGCUCUCAGACUGGAGGGAUAUGGAUUUUGCCUUAAAAUGUGCCCCUCCUCUUUGUACAUAUGCAUUAACCCUUUAUGCACCAGGUGCUGGCAGAGAACAACCAGUUGCAUCGAUUUUUCCACGUUGGUGGCCGUGACUGGUACUUAAAGGGUUAAAUAGAUGUACCGCCCCUUAAUUGUACUUGACUGUGCACAUCAAAACUGUCAGAUUUAAACAAAAACAUGAAACAGGCAUGAAAGUGCCUGUUUUGUUUCUUAUUAACACUUUCUCUCCCAGCACUUUACUCCGUGUAAAUACUUCCUGCGAGUAACAAUUCCUUCAUUUCUUUGUUUUCUUUCAAUAAAACCCAGGUGUAUAAUGAAAACACCAACUGUCAA